AGGACCCACUGCAUCCCUCGGCAGCCCGGGUGUCCUCUCUGUCCGCUGUGUCUGCGCUGCCCCUGCCGCUGCCGCUGCCCCCCACUCCACGCGGGAGACGCCACUCCACUCGGGAGACUCCGCGAGGUGGUGGUUGGAGCCCUGCAAAGAGCUCGUGAGCACCCGGUCCUGCCACCCGAGGCCGCCCUGUCACUCAGCCCCUGCUGCCGCCUAGAGCCAUGCGCUGCGUCCUCCACGGCAUCCCGGCCCUGGGGCUGGCGCUGCUGGUCUGCGGGGCGCAAGGCUUUUUCCUGCCCAACGUCACGCACUUGGAGAAGCUGCUCAGCAAAUACCAGCAGGACAGGCCCCACUCCCGGGCGCGGAGGGCCAUCCCCCGGGUGGACCAGGAGGAGAUCCUUAUGCUGCACAACAAGCUGCGAGGCCAGGUGUCCCCACCGGCCUCCAACAUGGAGCACAUGACCUGGGAUGAAGAGCUGGCGAGGUCGGCGGCGGCCUGGGCCCAGGAGUGUAUCUGGGAGCACGGGCCCACCAGUCUGCUGGUGUCCAUUGGGCAGAACCUGGCCGUGCACUGGGGCAGGUACCGCUCUCCCGGCUUCCACGUGCAGUCCUGGUACGACGAGGUGAAGGACUACACCUACCCCUACCCCCACGAGUGCAACCCCUGGUGUCCAGAGCGGUGCUCGGGGGCCAUGUGUACCCACUACACGCAGAUAGUCUGGGCCACCACCACCAAGAUCGGCUGUGCUGUGAACACCUGCCGUAGGAUGAACGUCUGGGGAGAUGUUUGGGAGAACGCGGUCUACCUCGUCUGCAAUUACUCUCCAAAGGGGAACUGGAUCGGAGAAGCCCCCUACAAAACCGGCCGGCCCUGCUCCCAGUGCCCGCCCAGCUACGGAGGCGGCUGCAGGAACAACCUGUGUUACCGAGAGGAGACCUUCCACCAGAAACCUGAAACGGACGAGAUGAAUGAGGUGGAAACGGCUCCCAAUCCCGAAGAGAAGCACGUCUGGGUCCAGCCCAGGGUGAUCAGACCCACGAAGCCCAAGAAGGCCCCUGCCGUGAGCUACAUGACCCAAGUUGUCAAGUGUGACACCAAGAUGAAGGACAAGUGUAAAGGGUCCACGUGUAACAGGUACCAGUGUCCAGCCGGCUGCCUGCACAACAGGGCGAAGAUCUUUGGGACUCUGUUCUAUGAAAGCGCGUCCAGCAUCUGCCGGGCCGCCAUCCACUACGGCAUCCUGGACGACAAGGGAGGCCUGGUGGACGUCACCAGGAACGGCAAGGUCCCCUUUUUCGUCAAGUCCGAGAGAAACGGCGUGCAGUCUCUGAGCAAAUACAAGGCUUCCAGCUCAUUCACGGUGUCCAAAGUGAAAGUGCAGGACCUGGACUGCUACACCACCGUGGCCCAGCUCUGCCCGUUCGAGAAGUCGGGGACCCACUGCCCAAGGGUCCGCUGUCCAGCUUACUGCAAAGAUGAGCCGUCCUACUGGGCCCCCGUGUUUGGAAGCAACAUCUAUGCCGACACCUCAAGCAUCUGUAAGACAGCUGUGCACGCGGGAGUCAUCAAGAAUGACAGCGGGGGCUACGUGGAUGUGAUGCCUGUGGACAAAAAGAAGACUUACGUGGGCUCGCUCAGGAACGGGGUCCAGUCUGAAAGCCUGAGGACCCCUCGCGACGGAAAGGCCUUCCGGAUCUUUGCCGUCAGGCAGUGAACUUGGGGCGCCGCGGAGAAGGGGCAUCUUCGGAGGGCUUUGGGGUUUCGCUUUUUAUUUUUAUUUUGUACGGGGGGUGGGCUGGGGUGUGGAGGGUCAGGAAACGCCUUCCGAGCGGCAUUCGGUGCUGGGGUCUCAGCUCCUCGCGGUGGAGAAACAAGCAGCCUCCUCGGGGUCCUGGGCCGACAGCCGGUGACCGUCCUGCUGAGCCCUGGGGUCUCCCCAGGAGGCCCUCUGCCCCUUGUGGCCUUUGUGGAUGGAGAGAGUAAAGGAUUCGGAGCUCAGGCCACAAGGCAUCGGGGCGGUAUGGAGAGCGCUCGGGGGUCCGGGAACGGAAUCGAAGAUAGCUAUUUAAAAAAAACACACAGUCCGUCCCUACCAGUGGAGAAAAAUGGGUUUAAUGUUUGCUGGUCAGACAAAUGGGCCGGGACGAGGGGCUCUGCCCUGGCCCCCGUCCUGCCGCCCUCCUGCUGCGGGCGGGCUGGUUCUAUUCACAGCAGUGCUGGUUUAUUUCGAGUUCAGCCGUAAGGCCACAGAUGUACCUUGUCUGGGGCCUUCCCUUUGUCCACGUGGCCGUCUGUGUGCUGCCGUGACCUUCGGUCUCAUUGGGGACCGAUGAACCAGGACCCUUCCUCGCCCCUCCCCACGUGGCUCACACCCGACACCAGUUGAUGCGUCUCCUCCCAGGCUCUCUGCUUGGCAAGCAAUUCUGUUGGAAGCCCACUCCCCCCCCCCCCCCAACUCCUCGUCUCUGUGGUCCGUUCCACUGAGAUGUCUAAGAACAGCCAAAGAAGGGCAGUUGUGUGGCUGCCUUUAAAAAAAUGGCAAUUAAGCCUGCCGAUUCCCCGUCCAUCGGGUGACCUAUUUUCUGAGCAACGGGAGGAAUGGAUUCAUUCCUGAGGACAUUCCUCGCCGAGGUUAGCAGCUCUGGGAAGAGGAGCAGCCUGUGGUUGUGAAACCAGCCCGCGGCGUAACAACCACAAGACGGUAACACUCGAGAAGGCUUCUCUCUUCCUGUUUUUGUGGAACAGGUCUUUUGCCAAACGUUCCCGAGGCUCGGAGGCGCGCCGCGCUCCCUGGCUCCCACCCCCGUAGAAAGCGCCUUCCUGAGCCUAGACCCACAACCCGCAGUGAAACAGAAUACCCUUUUGUAAAUUGCAUUUCUUUGCAGAAGGCGAAAAAAUCCUCCCUCCACCAGCCGGCUGGCCAGUGGAUCACUUUUGUGAAGGCCGGUUUCAAAUUGGAUGGCCCCCCUCCAUCAAAACAUUUCAAAGGCAAAACAGCACCAGCAGAAAGUUAAGACGAAAAACUAAGACGGUCUGGACGAGGCACGCUGCCUGGGAGCUCAGUCUCCGCGGUGUCUGAGUUCAGCCCUCACUGGGGCAGAAACCGAAGGAAAAUCACUUUCCCCUUUGAGGGAGUUUGUAAAAGAAGGAAACUCUGAGCUCAACCAGGCAGAACCUCGCAGGCCUGUGUUUUUGCUCUGUGUGUUGCGGGCUUGUUAUAAUUCACAGGCACCGACUGUUCGACUCCAAGCGUCCGUGUGGAAGAAUUUGGUCAGAACGUCAGAUGUUGUGUCUAGCUCCCGCCAAGGAUCUAAGUCCUUGGAAGCUUCUGGAGGCUGGUAUUAUGCCCAUGGACUGUCGCCUGUCACCAGCCCCGUCCAGACUGCAAGGUGGGGUUUUUAGAAUUAGUGGCCGACCGGGGGAACUUCAGUAGGUUUGCUUUGCAAGUGGCCGUCUCGGGGGAGAAGCUGAAAUGUCCAAGACAGUCGGGCCCCGUCCUUUUGAAGGAGACUCCCCGGGCCCAUGUCCUGGGCCACAGAGCCCUCGCUCAGAACCAGGUCGCGUUGCCUUUUUCACCCUCACAAACAUUGUGAAACUGGAACCGUUUUUCUUUCGGGGAUGCAAAUGAUAAGCCCUUGAAGUCAGGGACCGCCUCUAAUGUACGCGACACGUCAGGCCCACGUGGUCCUGCCCCCCCCCCCAAGUGUUGGUUUCCUUCUCAUUUCGCCCCAUCGUGUUCUGAUUUUUUUCAUCCCGUCUGUAGGCUCACUCAGCCCGCAGCUUACGUGUGUGCUUUUUUCUAUGAAAAAUGAUGUAUUUUACUACUUCCUACGUACAAGAGUUUGUUGUAAAGUGUGUGUGUGCUUCGCAUCCACAGGGACCACGUUGCUGUUGUCUCAAUAAAACCGGUUUGAUUUCUAA